ACGAAGUGUUGUUGAGCUUUAGAGGUGAAGAUACUCGCAGAAGCUUCACAGCCCCCCUCUACGGCUCUACAUGUCACUGCUUUAUGGAUGAUAACAAAGGAACAUGAGAGUUUUAGUAUUUUCGUCCAUGCUACCAAUGGCUACCAGCAGGAAAGCCGAAGAAUCCCGACCAAGAAAAAGGAAAGCCGAUGAAUCCUCCUCUUCAUCUGACUCAUCCUCCUCAAAUCAUUGGAUUUAUGAGGUUUUCUUGAGCUUCAGGGGUGAAGACACGCGCAACACCUUCACGGGCCAUCUCUACCUGGCCUUAAAGGACGCUGGAAUCAAUGCUUUCAUCGACGACAACGAACUUAGAAGAGGUGAAAAUAUAACUGAGGAACUGGUGCGGGCAAUCCAAGGGUCCAAGAUCUCUGUCAUCGUCUUUUCAAGGAAGUAUGCGGAAUCCAGUUGGUGUCUUGAGGAGCUAGUGAACAUCAUGGACUGUAGAACAACACUGGGGCAACGAGUCUUUCCACUAUUCUACCAUGUUGAUCCUUCAGAUGUCCGGAAACAGAGUGGUAGUUUCGCAGAGGCAUUUGAUCAGAAACAUGGAGACAAAGAUGAAGAUAAGGUCAAGAGGUGGAGAGCUGCUCUUACUGAAGCUGCAAAUUUGUCUGGCUGGGAUCUUAAAACCAAAGCUGAUGGGCAUGAAGGGAACUUUAUCAGGAUGAUUAUUAAGGAGAUCACUAAAUAUCUCAAUAACACAGACUUAAAUGUAGCAGACAAUGAAGUUGGAAUAGACUCUCGUAUGCAAGAUAUUAUUUCUCAUUUAGGUGUUGGAACAUCACAUGACGUUCGCAUUGUUGGAAUUUGUGGUAUGGGGGGGAUCGGAAAAACCACAGUUGCAAAGGCUCUUUACAACAAAUUUCGUCAAAGCUUUGAAGCUUCAAGUUUCCUUCCUGAUGUCAGGGAAACUGCUAUGCAGAACAAUGGUAUGGUUAGUUUGCAAGAAAGCCUUCUAUCUGAUAUCUCUAAAACAAGCAUGGCAGAGGUACGUCAUGAUGACAGAGGGAUCAAUGUGAUAAAAAACAGGAUCGGAUGUAGAAGGGUAUUUGUCGUAAUUGAUGAUGUCGACCAAGUGGAGCAAUUAAAGGCUUUAGCAAUAGGCCGUGACUCAUUUGGAUUAGGAAGCAGAGUCCUUAUAACAACACGAGAUGAACAUUUGCUAAAGCAACUUUCAGUGGAGUCUAUAUAUCAAGUUCGGUUGAUGGAUGAAGAAGAAUCUAUCAAACUCUUUAGUUUGCAUGCCUUUAAAACUCAUUGUCCCCCUAAUGAAGAAUAUCUUAGACUCUCAAGAAGGGUUGUUUAUUGCUGUGGAGGUUUGCCACUAGCUCUAAAAGUUCUUGGUUCGUUUCUAGUUCAAAGAAGCCCAAAAUUUUGGGAAAGUGAAAUCAAGAAAUUGCAAACAAUUCCUCCACUCGAAGUUCAAGAAAAGCUCAAGAUAAGUUUUGAUGGGCUAAAUGAUGAUAUAGAGAGGGACAUAUUCCUUGAUAUAUCAUGUUUCCAUAUCGGGAAGAAGAUGGACAUUGUCAAACAAAUAUUGGAUAGUUGUGACCUUUUUCCAGAUUCAGGAAUUCAGGUCCUCGUUCAACGUUGCCUCGUAAUUGUUAAUAAUAAAAACGAGCUAAUGAUGCAUGAUUUGCUUCGCGACAUGGGUAGAGCAAUUGUCCGUGCAAAAUGCCGCGACAACCCUGGAAAAUGGAGUAGAGUGUGGCGCUCGGAAGAUGCAGUAGAGGUAUUGAGGGACGAAUCUGGAUCUGAUGAAAUUCAAGGACUCACUCUUGACAUGUGGAGCUUAGAAUCAGAGAAAAGGGCUAAAUUAAGGACAAAAGCAUUUGCAAAAAUGAAGAGACUGAGAUUUCUAGAACUCGGUCGAGUCGAGCUCACUGGAGGCUACAAAUAUCUCCCCAACAAGUUAAGAUGGCUCCACUGGACUGAAUUCCCUCUAAAGUUCAUACCAAAAGACUUUCAUCUAGGAGAAGCAGUUGCUAUCUACCUGCCAUUUAGCAAACUCAUAUACGUUUGGGAAGAUUCUGGGGUCCUUGCGAAGUUGAAGAUCCUUAAUCUUAGUGAUUCCUAUUCCUUAAAACAAUCACCUGACUUUUCAACUAUUCCCAAUCUGGAGGAGUUGGUCCUCAAAAGAUGUUGGAAAUUGGCAGAGGUUCACCAGUCCAUUGGAGGACUUAAAAGGCUUUCUUUGCUAAAUCUUGAGGGCUGCAAAAUUCUUGAGGAGCUUCCAAGAAGUUUCUAUAAGUUAAAAUCUAUAGUAACUCUUGUUCUUAAUGGCUGUGAAAGAUUUGAGAAAUUGGAUGAGGAAAUAGGGGACAUGACAUCGUUGUCUACUUUGCGUGCAAAUUGCACAGCACUACCGUCUUCCAUUGUGACAUUAAAGAACCUGAAAUGUUUAUCUCUACUACGUUGGUCUUCCUUCAGAGAAAUUAUGAGGAUUACCUCGAAAUCUCUCUUGUCGACACCUAAUUUCCCUAAUCUCAAUUUGCCUCCUUCAGUUCAAGGCUUAAGCUCUUUAGUUGAUCUAUCUAUCAAUGGCUGCAAUAUACCUAAUGUUCCUAAGGAUCUUGGAAGUCUAUCUUCCUUGAAAAGUUUAGAUAUAAGACGUUGUUACUUGCAAAGCCUGCCAAGCCUCAGAGGCCUCUCCCAGCUUGAAGACCUAUGCUUGGUUGAUUGCAAUCUUACCGACGAAUUGAUAAAGGUUAUGGAUCUUGGGAGUCUUUCCUCUUUGAAAUUGUUAGAUCUAGAUGAUAACGGUUUCAGUAGCCUUCCAAGCCUCCGUAGCCUUUCUAAACUUGUCGAUCUAGGUUUGAGAAGGUGUACAAACCUUGUUGCAAUCCCAGAUUUACCAACAAGUCUAACGGACCUCCGUGCUUCCGAAUGCACUGCAUUGGAAGUAAUGCCUGACUUGGAUGAAUCUGUGAAAAGCUCCCUGAGGCUGCUUGAAAUGGAAGGGUGCAUCAAUAUCACUGCUACUUUCAAGGAGAAAAUUCUACAGGGAUAUAACUUCGUACACAACUUUGGCAUAUUUCUCCCUCCGAGUGACAUUCCUGAGUGGUUCCCGUGGGUCAAUGAGGGUGGCAGAAUAAAUUUUCAAGUGCCUGCAAUUAGGGGGAGUAAUGUAAUAGCCAUCACUCUGUGCUUCACUCUUUUAAAAGAUGAUAUUCGUGAGCCAAAAGUUGUACGUUGUGGCCUUGAGGUUGCAAACCAUACCAAGCUCACCAGAUAUUACAUUGCGUCAACGGAAUCAGGCCAUGAAAGCUGUCCCCGUCAUUACGAGUAUCUUUGGCUGGGACAUUUUCCCAGCUAUUCGUUCAAUUUGGAAGGAGGCGACUUUGUUGAAGUUUUGAUAACAUCACGUCCAUCUUUCGGAGUGAAGAAAUCAGGGGUCAGUCUCGUAUGGGAUACCAAACAGCCAGAGUUAUGUCAGGGUAGGUAG